CAUAUCGUCUGAGGAUCCCUACGAGGCUUGCAAGCCAAUUGUAUUUAUAACUCGACUAGCCGUAAACAGACUAGUACACAUCAGUCGUUGUAGUAAAAUGGUGCAGUGUUUAGUUAUUUUCUUGUGUGUGUUUAUAUCUCAGUGUUACGGUAACUAUGGAGAUAAGGACCAAGUUGUGACGAGUAAAGGGUUGAUUUUGGGUGAUAGGUGGGAUGGGUACAGCACUUUUCUUGGCGUGCCCUAUGCUAAGGUUGACCUGGAAAAUCCUUUUGGGCCCGCCUUAGAGUAUCCAAAAUUCGACACACCAUUAAUCGCCAACGACUCCUCAGUAGUAUGUCCACAAGUAUACUUCAACGACAAUGGCACCAUACAAUGUCUGAACCUCAACAUUUAUGUGCCACAUACGGCCAGCAAGAAGAACUUGCGGCCAAUAUUGGUCUGGUUCCACGGAGGAGGGUUCGUGUUUGGCAGUGGCGGGGAGUAUGGCGGCCAACAUUUGGUCAAAAAGGACAUUAUUGUCAUAACUGUGAACUACAGAUUAGGAGCCUAUGGCUUCUUAUGUUUAGACAACCCGACCGUACCUGGUAACCAAGGACUGAAGGACCAGAUUGAAGCUUUGAGGUGGAUCAGAAGCCACAUAGUACACUUCGGUGGUGAUGCCAAUCAAGUCACCAUUGCUGGCGAGAGCUACGGAGGAGGGGCAGUGGAUCUACAUCUAUAUUCAAAAUACGAAACUCUAUUUCACAAAGCUAUUGUACAAAGUGGUUCUAUGUAUGUGACUGAAGGGAUUUUCGUGAAACCGGAUCAUAAAGCGGCAAUUAAACUGGCAAGGCACUUAGGAUAUGAUGUGUCGAUAACUAGUGAAGCUCUGAGAAUACUCGCUAGAGCCAAACCUUCUGAAGUAAACGCUGCUACUAGAAACAUGAGUAUGAUCCUAACAGUUUGUGCGGAAAAGGAAUUUAUAGGUGUACCAAACUUUAUUACUGAGAAUCCCUUCCAUUUGGGGAACACAGACCGGAUAGAUGGUAUGCCAAUAAUGAUUGGGUACACAAGCCAAGAGAUGUUAUUCGAAUUCGCGAACAAACCCCAAUCUUACUACGACAAUCUAGGGGAUCCAUUCGCGUUGCAGAUUGAAAAAACAUUUGUUUUCAGUCAAAAAGAGAGUGAAAAGAUCAGCAGUAUAAUAAGGCAUUUCUACCUGGGAUACAAGGAGAUUGGGCCUGAUGCACAAUCGGAACUGAGUAAUUUUCUAUCGGACUUCGCGAUCAACUAUGGUGUUGAGUGGUCUACCAACAGGUAUAUUGAACAAGGGGGGAGGGUGUACAAGUAUUUGUUCUCGUACACUGGUGCUAGUGAUUAUAGGAAUAUCACUGGAUCUGGUGCCUCUCACACUGAAGAGCUGAAGUUCCUUUUCGACUGGAUAUGGGCAGCGCCGCUGAUCAACUCUGAGCAGCUUAUGAUGAGAGAAAGGAUGAUCAGAAUGUGGGCUAAUUUCGUCAAACACGGGAACCCGACUCCUGCAGAUUUCCAGCCCUUGCACUGGCCGUCUGCGACAGAGACCUCCAGGCCGUACAUGAACAUUGACCUCGACAUGCAAGUGAAGAAGAGUCCAUUCAGGCACAGGAUGGCUUUCUGGAACCUCUUCUGGCAUUCAUACACUAAGAAUAACUUUCUUUUAAAUUAAAAGGAAUCUAAUAUCUUAGGGUUAUUAUAGGUACUUCAUAAUAAUUAUGAGAAUAGUUAUAUUUAG